UAAGGCGGCGGUAUAAAUCCGUUCACCGACUGCGGCCACACUAAUUUCAGCCUAAAAAAAUUAAAUUUAACAAUUUUUAAUCUGUGUUAAUCGCUGUUAAUUUAGUGUGGAAAAACCGUGUUUUGCUGAAAACUCAGAGUAAACGUUCCAAUGGCGCCCAAGGCAAAGUCGGUUAACAUCAAGCCCGUGGCGAAGGCCUUCAAAGACAAGUCGAAGCCCACUGAUGUGCGUUUGUCCAACAUCCAGGCGGCCAAAGCCGUUUCCGAUGCCAUCCGCACCAGUUUGGGCCCCCGCGGCAUGGACAAGAUGAUCCAGGCGGCCAAUGGCGAGGUUUCCAUCACCAACGACGGAGCCACCAUCCUGAAGCAGAUGAACGUGCUGCACCCGGCCGCCAAGAUGCUGGUGGAGCUGUCCCGCGCCCAGGAUGUGGCCGCCGGAGACGGCACCACCUCGGUGGUGGUCAUAGCCGGCGCUCUGCUGGAGGCCUGCGAGAAGCUGCUGCAGAAGGGCCUGCAUCCCACGGCCAUCUCGGACUCGUUCCAGCGCUGCUCCAACAAGGCCGUCGAGAUCCUCAAACAGAUGUCCACGCCCAUCGAGCUGGACGACCGCGAGACGCUGAUCAAGAGCGCCUCCACCUCGCUCAACUCGAAGGUGGUGUCGCAGCAGAGCAGCCUGCUGGCCCCCAUUGCCGUGGAUGCCGUGCUGAAGGUCACAGACCCCGGCAAGGAGACCUCCGUGGAUCUCAAGAACAUCAAGGUCAUCUCGAGCUUGGGCGGUACUGUUGAGGAUACCGAGCUGGUCGAUGGCUUGGUCUUCACAUGCCGCUCUGCCGGAUCCAAUGCUCCCAAGCGCAUCGAGAAGGCCAAGAUCGGUCUUAUCCAGUUCUGCAUUUCGGCACCAAAGACCGAUAUGGAUCACAACGUGAUUGUUUCGGACUACGCUGCCAUGGAUCGUGUCCUAAAGGAGGAGCGUUCGUACAUCCUCAACAUUGUCAAGCAGAUCAAGAAGUCCGGAUGCAAUGUGCUGCUGGUCCAGAAGUCCAUUCUCCGCGAUGCCGUUUCUGACCUGGCUCAGCACUUCUUGGACAAGAUCAAGUGCCUGGUGGUCAAGGAUGUGGAGCGCGAGGACAUUGAGUUCGUGUGCAAGACUCUGCACUGCCGUCCCAUCGCCUCGCUGGAUCACUUCACAGCCGAGAACCUGUCCAGCGCCGAUUUGGUCGAGGAGGUGGCCAGUGGCACCAACAAGUUUGUCAAGAUCACCGGCAUCCAGAACAUGGGACGCACUGUCUCGAUCAUCUGCCGCGGAUCCAACAAGCUGGUGCUCGAGGAGGCUGCUCGCUCGCUGCACGAUGCCCUCUGCGUGGUUCGUUGCCUGGUCAAGUUGCGCGCCCAGAUUGUCGGCGGUGGUGCGCCGGAGAUCGAGAUGGCGCUGCAGUUGGCUGCCUUGGCUCAAACUGUCGAGGGUGUGGAUGCGUACUGUUUCCGCGCAUUUGCCGAUGCCCUGGAGGUCAUUCCUUCGACUCUGGCCGAGAAUGCCGGCUUGAACCCCAUUGCAACCGUCACGGAGCUGCGCAACCGCCACGCCCAGGGUGAGAAAAACGCUGGUAUUAAUGUGCGCAAGGGCGCCAUCACAGACAUUUUUGCCGAGAACGUGGUGCAACCCCUGCUGGUCAGUAUUUCAUCGAUCACCUUGGCCACGGAGACGAUUCGCUCGAUCUUGAAGAUCGACGAUAUUGUCAACACCUUCAGUUAAGCAUUGCGACCCCGCCGCCUUUGGUUGUCUGUCUCUGAUCAAGAUCAAUCUUUAAGCAUUUUCAUCUAAUCCCUCACAUCUUAUACCCAUUAUGCGAUUGAGCAUUACACUUUGAAUAAAAUUCACAUAUACUAUACGCCUUACCAGCUUAAUAUGUAUUUAAAAAAGAAAAACUAAAAGAUUAAAUACUUCGCUAACACAACCCAGA